CAGAGCCUGGAGAGCCGUAGAGUGGGUAGAUAUAAAGCUCCCUGCGUGGGCUUCUUGAGAGAGGGUCUCCUGGACACAGGCAGAUUCUGACUCCGUCCGCAAUAAACAGCCAUGAAGGCAACUGGCCUCUUCCUGCUCCUCGGCGUGGGGCUUUGCUGCUGCUCAGGCAAUGCCGAAGCGGAUGGUGCUUCUGACGAAGGCAAAGAGCCUGAUUGUGGCAGUUAUAUGCUUCCGGCCUGCCCAAAAAUCUUGGAUCCUGUAUGUGGCACCAACAAUGAGACGUAUCCCAAUGAGUGUGAGUUGUGUGCUCAGAACCUGAGAAGGAAAACUAAUAUUCGCAUAAAGAGGAGAGGAAUGUGCUGAGUGCCUCAUGCACUUUCGGCCUCUGCUCAAAUCCGGGCAGAGAAGAGCAGAAGUGGGCGUGUGACAAUUCCUGAUGAAGACGCACACAGCUGCCACUCCACCGUCCUGCUUCCCCGUUCAAUAAACCUGACCGCAUCUCA